CUCUGGGGUGGGCUUGAAGCACACAGGCAGUGGUACCGAGAAAGCACCCAACACCCGUGCCCCUACCUCCCAGGACACCCAAAGAAGAGCAGCCACCAUGCAUCUUCCUGAAAGCCUGCAGGACCUGGCAGACAGUGAGACAGUGCGCUUUUUGAGGAGACCAAAGAGCAUCUCGAGGAUCUGCGGAGGGGUCUUUUCCCUGGUCAUCUUUUCCUCUCUACUAACUGAUGGUUACCAGAACAGGACAGAGAAUCCUCAGCUCCGCUGCGUCCUCAACAGCAACCAUGUGGCGUGUAGCUUCGCAGUAGAAGCUGGCUUUCUGUCCUUCCUCAGCUGCUUGGUCUUCCUUGCCUUAGACGCGCGUGAGAGCCGCGUCACAGGCAGCCGCUUUAAGACAGCCUUCCAGCUCUUGGACUUCAUCCUGGCUGUCCUCUGGGCAGGUGUCUGGUUUGUGGCCUUCUGCUUCCUGGCCAGCCAGUGGCAACACUCCAAGUCCAAGCAUUUCCUCUUGGGGAACAGCAGCGCCAAGGCAGCGAUUGCCUUUGCUUUCUUCUCCGUCCCUGUCUGGAUAUUCCAGGCCUACCUGGCCUUCCAGGACCUCCGAGAUGAGGCUCCAGUCCCCUACAAGCGCUCCCUGGAUGAGGGUGGUGUGGUGCUGAACACCCUCUCCCCAUCAUCCACCAUUAGCCCUGUCAACCCUCCCACCACAGGCCCCAACAGUGUGAGUUACACCAGCUCAGCCCUGUCCCCCUACCUGACUGCCGCAAAGGGCCCUCGCCUGGCUAUGAUGCCAGACAGCUGAACAGCCUUACCCACAUCAGUAAAGAGCUCUUCUCCCUCUGAGGGGUUUCUGAAUAACCCUGUCCUCUGUCUGUUCCUCUCAUCCCUUGAAUGGCAGGGGGAGGAGGGAGACCCCUGAAA